GAGCCGGCGGGGAAAGAUGGCGGUGGCCGAGGCGGCUGAGGCGGUGGCGCUGCGCCUGUCGCGCCAGGAGCGGGAGCUGCGCUGGCUGGCGGCGGAGGUCGGCCGGCUGAAGGAGCAGGAGGCGCCUUGCAGCCCCGAGAGAUGCAGUCCUGAGCUGCAGCGGCUGAGGGCCGAGAACGAAAAGUUGCGCUACCGCCUCUUGCACCUGCGCCGCAGCCUGGCAGCCGAACUGGGCAGGGCAGCGCCGCCGGAGACCACCGCUGUCGGCGAGAAAGUUUCCAGUGCUGGUCCAGCCGCUGCAGUGCAUCAAACUAAAGAGGAAAACAGAAAAGAGAAUGGAACUGUGAACCAGCCUUGCAAUGAUGUACAGUGUGAACCAGGCUUCAUAGAAGACAGACUGAAGCUUUAUGAAGCACUGAAAAAAGAGCAUGAUGCUUUGUUAGCUCACAGAGCAGCCAACCAGAGCAAACCUAUCACAAUUACUCUGACAGAUGGAAAGAUGAUUGAAGGGGAAUCUUGGAAAACCACGCCGUAUCAGCUAGCUGUAGGAAUUAGUCAAGCAUUGGCUUCAAAUGCAGUCAUAGCCAAAGUGAAUGGGGAACUGUGGGACCUGGAUCGUCCACUGGAGGGAGACUGUACACUGGAGCUGCUUCUGUUUGAUAACGAAGAAGCAAAAGCUGUUUACUGGCAUUCGAGUGCUCAUAUUCUUGGAGAGGCCAUGGAAGGUUAUUUUGGGGGCUGUUUGUGCUACGGACCACCAAUUGAGAAUGGAUUUUAUUAUGACAUGUAUAUGGAAGAUAGAGGUGUAUCUAGUACUGAAUUUGCACUACUAGAGAACCGCUGUAAAAAUAUCAUAAAAGAGAAGCAGGCUUUUGAGAGGCUGGAAGUCAAAAAGGAGAUACUGUUAGACAUGUUUAAGUAUAACAAGUUUAAGUGUCGUAUCCUUAAUGAGAAGGUGAACACACCAACUACUACAAUAUACAGAUGUGGUCCACUGAUUGAUCUCUGUAGGGGCCCACAUGUGAGACACACAGGAAAAAUUAAGGCACUUAAAAUAUUUAAGAAUUCCUCUACAUAUUGGGAAGGAAAAUCUGACAUGGAAACCCUGCAGAGAAUAUAUGGAAUAUCCUUUCCUGAUAACAGAAUGAUGAAGGAAUGGGAAAUAUUCCAGGAAGAAGCCAGGAACCGGGACCAUAGGAAAAUCGGAAAGGAGCAAGAACUCUUCUUCUUUCAUGAUUUGAGUCCUGGAAGCUGCUUCUUCCUCCCCAGAGGUGCCUUUCUUUAUAACACGCUUGUGGAUUUUAUACGAGGGGAAUAUCACAGGCGCAAUUUUACUGAAGUUGUAUCUCCAAACAUCUACAACAGUAAACUCUGGGAAGCUUCAGGACACUGGCAGCACUACAGUGAAAAUAUGUUCUCUUUUGAGAUUGAGAAGGAAACUUUUGCCCUUAAACCAAUGAAUUGCCCAGGACAUUGCUUGAUGUUUGCCCAUCGUCCACGAUCCUGGAGGGAGAUGCCUCUUAGACUUGCAGAUUUUGGAGUUCUUCACCGAAAUGAACUCUCUGGGACUUUAAGUGGCUUGACUCGAGUAAGGCGCUUCCAGCAAGAUGAUGCUCACAUCUUUUGCACAAUUGAACAGAUUGAAGAAGAAAUUAAGGGCUGUCUGGAUUUCUUGAAGUCAGUGUAUGCUGUUUUUGGCUUUACCUUUCAACUUCAUCUUUCUACAAGACCAGAAAAUUAUCUAGGAGAAUUAGACAUCUGGGAUCAUGCAGAGAAGCAACUUCAGAACAGCUUGAAUAACUUCGGAGAGCAAUGGAAUUUGAAUCCAGGAGAUGGGGCAUUUUAUGGCCCUAAGAUUGAUAUUAAAAUCAAAGAUGCUAUUGGCAGGUACCAUCAAUGUGCCACUAUCCAACUUGACUUCCAGCUACCCAUUCGGUUUAAUCUUACUUAUGUUGGUAAGGAUGGCGAUGAUAAGAAAAGGCCAGUGAUUAUUCACAGAGCUAUCCUGGGAUCUGUGGAGAGAAUGAUAGCCAUUUUAGCAGAAAAUUAUGGAGGAAAAUGGCCAUUCUGGCUGUCUCCACGGCAGGUCAUGGUUGUACCUGUGGGACCUGCUUCUGAAGAGUAUGCCCAGAAGGUUUGCAGUGAAUUUUUUGAAGCAGGAUUUAUGUCAGAUGUGGAUCUAGAUCAAAGCUGCACACUAAACAAGAAAAUCAGAAAUGCACAGCUGGCCCGAUACAACUUUAUCUUAGUGGUUGGAGAAAAAGAGAAGGCGAACAACGCUGUCAACGUGCGAACAAGAGACAACAAAGUCCAUGGGGAGAUUUCAGUAUCUUCUGCCAUUGAGAAGCUCAAGAAAUUGAAGAGUUCAUAUAUUCUAAAUGCAGAAGAAGAAUUCUGAUGUUGCUAUUUGGAAAUACACAAAAUAAACAAAUGUAGCAUGGUGUUCCAUGCUUAAGAGGACAGCUGCAUCUGCCAACUCCUUUGACAACUGCAUGGGAAUCCAGUCUCUGCAAGUACCAGAGAGCUUAAGAAGUCCUGUAUCUCAGCUAAAAUCUCAUAGUUUUGUUGUGGAAUUAAGUCAGAGCUGCACAAAGCUAAGAGACACGAGGCUGGAAAGCAUACUGGCUACUGCUGCAAUUUCUGAGUAACCUCUGUCAUGCAGCAGUUUCAUAACUGACAUGAUGUAGAAUCCAAGGCGUGGCAGUUGGUAGAUGCAUCAGGAACAUUUUGGUUUAGGUUUUUUUCCUAACUCCAGAUGAUUUUUUUUUCAUAGAGAGGAGCAGGGAAGAGGAGUAGCUUGAGCCUUUCUGAAUUCCUGUUUACAGGCUACAAAUAGGUUGAUUUCUUUGUUGGAAAUCAGGACGCUAAUUAUAGUUGGUGUUGUAACUGGUUACUGUAAAGGUCAUUGCCAAGAAUGAGGUUCAAUUAUUGGCCAUAUUUAAGUGUGCAAAGUAAGUAUUUUGUUUUUUCCUAUGCUGGUUGAUUUGACUUCUGAAACAGGCAAACCUCUGAAAAAACUUUGUGCAAUAUAUUGUUGUAUUUGGAUCACUGAGAAGGCUGAAAAGGUGUGGAGGACUGCCUUCUAAAAUACAGCACACUGAAAUUCAAACUUGCCAUAUUUGUCUGACUUGUUUAUGCUUAUAAACUAUAUAUAUUCUUAUAAAUUAUUUUAAAGUU